CACAUGACAGAGUUGACAGUGACAUUAUAAAAUAGACAAUUAGACACAUGAAUGCAAAUUGCAAAAUAAAUUACAUCGCCAAUAUUUUUACAAUAUGAAAUAAGCUAGGUAAUUAAGGUUUUCAAAGCUAUUCUUUGGUCUACCUUCCUUAUCUUCUUGGUCUUUAUUGGACUACCUAACUGCAGUGAAUACCAAUUGGUUUCGGACCAAAACUAGUACCUAUUCGCUAUCAUGUCUACUAACACAAUUGUUCAGUAUAUUUUGCUUCGUACCGACUUACUGAAGGAGAUGGGAUGGUCAAUAGGCUCAGUAGUGGCGCAGGCCUGCCAUGCGUCUACCGCUGUGCUUCACUUGUACAAAGAUGAUGAGACGACGAUGAAGUACUUAGAUGAUAUGGAUAAUAUGCACAAAGUUGUAUUAGAGGUGCCAAAUGAAGAUUCAUUGAAGAAAGUAGCAGAAAAAUUAAAAGAAAACUUCAUCUCGCAUAAACUGUGGAUAGAACAGCCUGAGAAUAUACCAACAUGUAUAGCUUUGAAGCCCUAUCCUAAGGAUGAAGUGAAGAAGUUUGUAGGCAAAUAUAAAUUAUUGAAACUCCAAAUGAACGGAGAUUAGUGCAUUUAUUAGUGUAAGUAUUACAAAUAAUUUAUUGAAUAAAAAAAUAUUUAUAAAUUUAAAAA